AUGGAAGACCUAGAGGAAACUUUAUUUGAAGAAUUUGAGAACUACUCCUACACCUUGGACUAUUCCUCCCCGGCGUCUCCUCCAGAAGAGAGAGCCCCCCUGGAGGUAGUGCACUGGGUCUCCCUGGUGCUGUACUGUGUGGCCUUUGUGCUGGGCAUCCCGGGCAACGCCACUGUCAUUUGGUUCACGGGUUUCAAGUGGAAGAAGACAGUCACCACCUUCUGGUUCCUCAACCUAGCCGUGGCAGAUUUCAUUUUCCUUCUCUUCCUGCCCCUCUAUAUUGCCUAUGUGGCCAUGAACUUCCACUGGCCCUUUGGCCUCUGGCUGUGCAAGGCCAACUCCUUCAUCGCCCAGCUGAACAUGUUUGCCAGUGUGUUCUUCCUGAUGGUGAUCAGCCUGGACCGCUACGUUCAGCUGGUCCACCCUGUCGUGGCUCACCGGCACCGGACGCUGAGGAACUCCCAGAUCGUGACCGUGUUCAUCUGGCUUGUGGCUUCUCUCAUCGGGGGUCCCUCCCUAUACUUCCGGGAGACAGUGGAGGUGAAUAACCACACGUUGUGCUACCACAACUUCCACGAGCACGACUACGACCUCGCCUUGAUGAGGCACCAUGUGCUGACCUGGGUGAAGUUUGUGAAUGGGUACCUCGCCCCUUUGCUGACCAUGAGCGUUUGCUAUCUGUGCCUCCUCUUAAAGGUGAAGAAGCAAAGCAUCCUGGUCUCCAGUAGGUAUUCCCUGACCAUCCUAGCUUUGGUCCUGGCCUUUCUGAUCUGCUGGACCCCUUAUCACAUAUUUAGCAUUUGGGAGCUCAGGAUCCACCAGGGCAGCCAUGUCCACCAGGUGCUGCGGGCUGGCCUCCCCCUCUCCACCGCUCUGGCAUUCCUCAAUAGCUGCCUGAACCCCAUCCUUUAUGUUCUAAUUAGUAAGAAGUUCCAGGCGCGCUUUCGAGCCUCGGUUGCUGAGAUACUGAAGUACACGCUGUGGGAAGUCAGCUGCUCUGGCACGGUGGGCGAGCAGCUUAGGAGCUCUGAAACCAAGAACUCGGGUCUCCAGGAAACAACGGCUCAGUGA